AUGCUUGCUAGAGGCGCAACUAAAAUGCGGCCGUGUGCCAAAGCCCUGUGUAUGGGCUCAUCACAUCGCGCCUGCUUUCAUCGCCUCAAACCGAACACUCCCUCUGCCGAAGUUGCCAAGGCCCUUCGCUCAGAUGGCUGUGUAGUUUUGCAGUCGUUUAUCUCUCCCAAGCAAACUGCGCAGCUCAACGCCGAACUCGACCUCGCUCUCGCCGCCACGUCGCCUGGCAACGCGGCCGUCGAGGCCUCCGGCGCCAUCCCCCUCGACAGUGAGGCGCGCGAUGCCUUGUAUGGCGCCAACACAAAACGCCUCGGCGAUCUACUCACCCAGAGUGCGACGUGGCGGGAUGAACUGGUCAAUCAUGACGCGCUGCACGCCAUUUGCAGUCAAGUUCUCACGCCGCAGACGGGCGACUACUGGCUGUCCGCCGCGCAGAUGAUUGAGCUCGGGCCGGGCAGCAAAGCGCAGCCGCUGCACUCUGACGGCGGCGGGUGGUGGCCAUUUUGGAGCAUGCCGCGAGACAAGUACGCAGAGUACUACCUCAAUUUCCUAAUCGCCACGACGGACACGACCUGCGAAAAUGGCGCCACGGGGGUGGUCCGCGGCAGCCAGGAUGCGGAGUAUCUCUCCGUCACGGACCUUGCGAAUAUUUGGCAGUAUCCCGAGGAAGAAGUUGAGCAGAUCGAGCUGAAAGCUGGUGACUGCUUGCUUCUAGGUGGUCGCAUUGUUCAUCGCGGUGGUGAGAACAAGACGCAGGCGGACAAGAGGCGGAUUCUAAGCUGCAUGGUGAUAAGUUCGUCCUUGACGCCGGAGGAGGCGCAUGCUAUGACAGUGGAUCGCAAGUUUAUUGAGAACCAGCCGGAGAGAGUUAAGAAGUUUCUAGGGUUUCGAAACAUGAGGCCCAUCGUGGGUCCAGGUGUCUGGUUGCACCCAAAAGGCGAGUUGUCCUCAAUACUUGGUUUUUGA